CCCUUGAACAAAAAUCGGAAAAUCUGACUUCCAUUCCCAAUCCCAAAAACCAGAGAAAUCAAAAUGGUGCGCGCAAGCAAUUGGGUGAUCAUAGCACUGAACGUGACAACAAUGGCGUUGGCGCUGAGCGCCAUGGGCUUCUCCCUGUGGUUCCACGUGAGAGACGGAUCCCAAUGCCAGAGAAUUCUGAAGACGCCGCUGCUGGUGGUGGGCGCCGCCCUGCUGGUGGUGGCGGUGGCGGGACUGGUGGGCGCCCUCACCGGCGCCUCAGUGGUGAUGUGGGUCUACCUCCUCAUGCUGCUGGCCCUCACCAUGGGCCUCGUCGUCUUCACCAUCUUCACAGUCAUGGUCACCAACCGCGGCGUCGGCCGCGCCGUCUCCGACAGCCGCCUCGGCAACUACUCCAAGUGGCUGCAGAGGUACGUCGUCAACGCCAGGAACUGGGACAAGAUCAAGAGCUGCAUGACGGAUGCCGGAAUCUGCAAACUCGUCGCCAAUGUUAAAACCGACGACAUCUACAACCCUAUCGUGUCGGGUUGCUGCAAGCCGCCCGGUUACUGCGGGUUGGAGCGGAGGAACGCGAGCUACUGGGUGGUGCCGAAGAAGGGUCGGGUGGUGGGUGACCCGGACUGCAAGGCGUGGAGCAACGCGGCGGAGGAGAUGUGCUUCGACUGCGACGCGUGCAAGAAGGCGGUGCUGAGCAAUAUCCGGCGGGAGUGGAAGAUGCUGGUGCUCAUCAACAUCUGCAUCAUCAUGCUCGUCAUCGUCGUCUACUCCAUCGGCUGCUGCGCUCUCAGAAACAACCGCUUCCAUUACCACAACAACUUCAACUUCAAUAAACCCCAACCCCAUGUCUGAUCAUAUAUACUGCUCCACUGUAACUUAAUUAUUAUGUCCAUCUACCUACUUUUUUUUGCUGCUUUUUCUUUAUUAUUAUUAAUAUUAUUAUUUGAGCAGUUUGUAACUAGUAUGUUUGCCUGGAAUCAUGAUUUGGACAACUAAUUAUAUAUAUGGUGUUUGCAACUA